CCAUCGUUCCUUGCGUCAUUCUGUCAACAUGGCGCCUGUCUGCCGGACAAAAGGCGAAUCUGUCUGACGGUGGAUCGAAACCCAAUUAGAAACAGAGGAGACAUUUUGGGAAAACUGUCAGUGACCGUGUGCCCUGGCGCCCCAAGGCAAUAGAUAUAUGGUAAAAGAAACAUCUGUGGAGGCUCUUAGACUGGAAUAUUAAGGAUGUUCCAGCAGUGCGAGGAGCCUCGUUUCACCAUCGAGCAGAUUGACCUCCUCCAGAGGCUAAGGAGGACAGGAAUCACGCAGGCAGAGGUCGUCCAUGCCCUGGACACUCUGGACCACCUGGACCAGAAACAUGGACACAAGUUGACCCAUAAACCUUCCUAUAUGCCUCCCUCGUCUUCCUUGUCCUCUUCCAGCGCCGUCACCGCCUCUUCCUCCAUGACUUCCACGGCCACUCAGACAACUUUCCCUGAUAACCGACUCUCACUGUCGCCUAACAACAACUUCGAUACCACAUCUCCGCCUCUACCGAUCCCAGUAGCCUCCCCUGUCACCAUGGCUGCUGUAGCUCAGAAUGGUCUAGUUGCAGUCACCAAUGGGAAGCUGUCCCCUCCACGGUUUCCUCUUGGUGUGGUUAGUGGCAAUGUGACAGCACCAGGCUACGGUUUUGACACCAGUGAAGAGGACAUAGAUGUUGAUGACAAGGUGGAGGACUUAAUGAGGAGGGACAGUGCUGUGAUCAAAGAAGAGAUUAAGUCCUUCCUGGCAAACAGGCGGAUCUCCCAGGCUGUGGUCGCUCAGGUAACGGGGAUCAGCCAGAGUCGGAUCUCCCACUGGCUCCUGCAGCAGGGAUCAGACCUCAGUGAGCAGAAGAAAAGAGCUUUCUUCCGCUGGUACCAGCUGGAGAAGACCAACCCUGGUGCCACUCUGGCCAUGCGAGCUGCCCCAUUGGCUCUGGACGACAUGAUGGACUGGCACCAAGCCCCACCUCCAUUUGGCUCCGCCCCUACUGGCUUCCGUCUGCGGAGAGGGAGCAGGUUCACCUGGAGGAAGGAGUGUCUGGCUGUUAUGGAGAGCUACUUCAGUGAUAACCAGUACCCCGAUGAGGCCAAGAGAGAGGAGAUUGCUACCGCCUGCAAUGCUGUCAUUCAGAAACCCGGAAAGAAGCUGUCAGAUCUGGAGAGGGUAACAUCUCUGAAAGUCUACAACUGGUUCGCCAACCGCCGUAAAGACAUCAAGAGGCGUGCCAACAUUGAAGCAGCCAUCUUGGAGAGCCACGGCAUUGAGGUUGAGAGUCCAGGAGGUCAGUCCAACAGCGAUGAAGUGGACGGCAACGAGUUCCCUGACCAGGGUUGUGAGGUGUCCUUAUUAGACAAGAGAGCCUCAGCCAGGCAGUUUGCAUUCAGUCGAGCUGACCUGUGCUCUCCGACCCAGGUUCCCACACUGCUCCCCAGCUGGUUCUCUUCCCUGGGUAGAGGCAGCUUGUCUGGACACAGGGGCACUGCUCUGACUGGCCGCUCCCUCAUGUCAGGGGUGGGCCCUCAGGCAGAGGGUUCCAGACUGACAGGUGUGUCCUGGUCUCCCCCCUCCCCCUCCCUUCAGGAUGAGCCCACCAUACACAGCGCGCUGUCCGAGCCCCAGGAUCCAAUUGUUUUGGAGAAGGAGGCAGUCAGUCACAACACCCAAGCCCUAGCCAGCCAGGUGGAUGGUGCUCGAUGCAGCAAUGGCAAUGACAUCAAGACGGAAAUGCUGGAGGACGACUGAAGGAGGCAUUGGAUAUUGUUAUUGUCUUGGUAAUGAAUGGAACACGAUCAGAGGUGUGUUAAUAUGCAAGCAGAUUUUAUAGGAAUGUAAUAAGUGGGGGAAAAAAAAGACCAAAAGUCGUGUAAACUCCAACCCUGAGAUACCUCCCAACCCUACCUCCAACCACCAACCUGCUCUGCUACACUCUUACAGGUAUUACAAGUACAUAUAAGAAAUUUUAAAUAAUAAUAAUAAUAAUGAUAAAAAAACUUUUAUUUGUCAAAGUGCUCCCCAGCAGGUUUUGGGAAUGCCUAAAUAAAAACAAAUCAAACAAAGAAAGUGAAAGAAUUCAGGAAUUAUUUAAUUAACUGCAGUUAAUGCAUACAUAAAAUGAAAUACAUAUAGCAUGUGUUGUUUUUCACUUUGUUGAUUUGAUUUUAUAUAGGCUUUUUAAAUCUUCCAUAGAGACGGUCUGACUGGACGUGAUGCAUUGUGCAGAUGUCUUUGGAAACUGCAGUUUUCCCAGCAGGACAACACUGUAUUUGACACGGGGUUCAAAUAGUUUCAGGAUCUUGCACUGUGAUCACAACACAACUGAACAGCCUCAAAAGAUAAAUACAUGAAUUUGAAAGAUAAGCUCAUUUAAACUGUUAAACUGUUUAUUGUUAAAUUAUGUGACGCAUUUCAUCACAGUUGAUCGUAUUUCAAAUUUUUCGCUGUUAAUUCCUUCCAGUGAGACGAACAGCAGAAUAAGCUUAGUUUCAGUGAGGUCACAGCUCGUUGGUAACAUUUCUGUGAGCCGAAGAUGAUUUGAAGAUGUGAAAGAAAGAAAGA